CCAGCGGCUCUGGGCCUCUGCCACAACAAUAGCUGCCGCAAUGCUGCCCGAAGUAUCAAACAGGUGACGCAACAAUGCCAGCCCGCUGGGCGGCGCUGCUCGUCUGCUCGGUCGCCGUCGGCGCGCCGCCGCUGGAGGUCUCUCCGCCCCUGGUCGCAGACUUCGAUGAGUGGGAGGUCUACCAGGCGCACAGCGUCGUUCAGGCCGCCAAAGACGCCAAGAGGUAUUUAUAUGUGAUCUUGAUUUGUGCUUAUUUUGUUUUUCUAGGGACCUCGACGCCAUGCGCAAGGCGCACGACGUAGCCCUGUCCGAUAUUGAUGCGAUGCGUCUCGCUAUCGAACACGACGGGGCGCACCUGAACGACCUCCAGACGGAAAUAGAAUUGGCUGACCUCGAAGGCCUCGGUGCGAUAGCGGAUUACAGCAAGCUCGUCGUGUUCAUGCAGCGAUGCGACGGCGGUGAGUGCCUGGGAGACGCCUUGAACUCGACGGAAGCGCAGCUCACGGCGCUACUCGCGGCGACGGCGACGGACCACGCGAGCGCCCUAGAAACGCGUGUCGCUACGCUCGUCGACGAGGGCGUGCGGCUGCGGGCAGCGCUGUCGCUGUUGCGGCAGGAGCACAGCGCAUUGGAAGAAAGGUGCGACGAUGAGCUCUAUAGGCUGCUCCAAGAAGUAGACCGGCACGAGUCCGGGGAGAAGCGUGCGAAGGAGGGCCAGGACAAGCAACGCGAGGGAGCGGACCGGCGGGACGCAGAUAAGAAAGCUUUAGAGGAAGACGUCAAGGAGCUCCAGAAGCAUCAGUCCUGGGAGUGCGCGACGCUGUCGACGCACGACGACCUGCCCGCGCGGCCCGGGUCCUACGCCAUCGUGCGGCUCUACGACUAUGACAAGAGGUCGAAACACGGCAAGGCGUCGCUCUGGUGGACGCUCGCGGAGAUCUUGAGCGUCGUCGAGGGCGACGGCAUCUCGCCGGACUCGCUGCUCGAGGUGCGGCUUUUCAAAGAAUACAUCAAGCAUGUCUCGAAUUACGCCGUUAAUUCCUGUGUGGAAACCAAAUGUCGCGGCGCAUCUCCCCUUGGCCCAAUCAUGACCUCCACGCCAUCGACGCGAUGCCGGCUCGACGCGAUUCCUCACCGCUCGACGGGUGCACGCGACACACUGGUUGAUUUCCACACAGGUGAAUAGCCCCUUUGAAAGAGAUUCGUCGAGCGCGGGGCUCGUUAGGUUACGACGCGACGCGAUUGCCUACAUAGACGUCAAGCUCUCGGGCGCGGGCGACGCGUCAGCCGGGCAAGACCCUGCCGCCGGCAUGAGCGCCGCGUGGGCCGCGGCGCGCGCAGCGAACGGAACGGAUGAGGAGGACGGCGAAAAGGACAAAUUUGGCAGAGAUGCUCGCGGCGCGCGGAAGUCGUCUCGCGAGAUUGGGAAGAUCGAGAGUGACUCGGAGAAGGAAGAGAAGGCAAAGUUUGCCUCCAGAAAGUCGGGGACGCGGAUCGCCGAGGUCGAGAAGCGGCCGGUGGUUGCUCGUGCUCAAACUGUGUGGAAAUCAACGUGUCGAUGGCGUAGGGCGUCUGAGAUUUGAUGUCCGCACAGGUCUCAAAGCGGACGAGGCCGAGUGGAAGAAGCGCGACGUCCAUACGAGACACGAGACAGCGACGCUCGAGAUCGGCAAGGCCGUCGCGUGGCACUAUGCGCCCGUCGGCAAGCCCGGAGAGCUGUGGUUCCCUGUGCGGAAAUCAACCAGUGCGUCGGGUGCACCCGACAAUUCUUCACUAAGUCAUUUCCCGGCGAUGAAGCGGCCGUCCUGGCUCGGUCGAGCGGUCGGGAACCGGCAUCGCCACGCCAUCGAGCAGGCGUCGCGCCGAUGGCGUGGAUCUCGACGCGACGAUUCAGCAUGAUCGCGCCGUAAAAUUUUGAUUUCCACACAGGUGGUUCCGCUUCGGAGUUAUCGUAGACAUAAUCGGCGGUAAACUAAAAGAAGACAAAGCUGGCAAAAACUCGAAUCCAGACGUGAACGUCACGCUACGCGCCUUCGAUCCCCCUUUACGAUACCCGCUGAACGAAAGUGACCUCCUGUGUCUGUGCAUAAAUCAACAUCACGGCGCUCACUGUUUGAUUUGCGCACAGGUGACCUCAAGGACAAGUUCCGAGUCAUUGGUGAGGAGGACGACCCAGCCGAAGCUCUCGAGGAUCUCCGGCGCAAAAAGAAGGCCGAGCAUAAACGCGAGCUCAAGAAGAAGGAGGAGAAAGGCAAGGUUGAUAAGAAGAAGGCCGAGGCCGAGUUAAAUGCGACCCUUGCCAAUCUGACGCUGCCCCCGAAGUCGACGGAGCCCUGGGACGUAGACCCGGGCGGCCUUCCGGCGCCGGGCGCUGGUCCAGAGCUCGUCGUGGUCCACCGAUCGCAGCUCGCGUACGUUGGGGUGGAGUUCCAGGAGACCAAAGCGCGGGCGGGCAAGACCGCGCAGAGCUGGUCGCUCAAGUCGGGCGCCUCCAAGGACGUCGAGGCCGUACUUGAGCAGGCGCUCGGCAAGUGGUGGCGCGCGCUGGCCGAAGAGUGGCGGGAAGCGGCCGCCCGGACGUGCACGGCGCCGGCCGAGGGGAGCAGCAAGAGAUCCUCCGAGAGCAGCCGCAAGUUCGGCAAGCCUGCGCCGCCUCGGCCCGUCGAGCCGGAGGACGACGCGCCACUCUUAAACCUCACGGUCGGCGGCGCCGCCCUGAAUGUGACGUUCAACCUGACGCAGGACGACGUCGCCGCGGCCAUCGCCACGGCCUACCUCCAGCGCCUGCGGAACCGCACCGAGGUGCUCGAGUCCGUCGACGCGCGCCUCGACGCGCUCACGCGCAAGCUCGCGUGGCUCGACUCCUCGAGGGACUCGGGGUUGCUUGGGGAGGCGGAACACGCGGCACAGAAGGAGGCGGUCCUCGCCGCCUUCCGGGAGUUAGAACCAUAAGGAGACUUG